UAUUAAUGUGUUGGGAAUGAGGAACCUUUUGAGGCUGAUGGGAAUUCUUUGCCUUUUGAUCACAGCUGAGGCUCAGAUGAAGAUCCCACCUGAGACGGUGCAGCAGUGGGCGUUGACAUUCUCUGCAGAACUUCGAGAGUUUGCAACCAAAUACUCUGGAUCUCUGCUGCUGCAGAAGAAAUUGAAGGAUGUGGAGCCAAUCAUUAAGAUCAUAGAGGUGGAUGGACAAGACCUGGUGAAGGACUACUCUGAUGAAAUCGAACGAAUGUUGGGAAGUAAGAUGAAGUCGGUGAAGAGGUUAGCAGAAUCUGCAGAAGACUCAGAUUUGUACCAUGAAUUCAACGCUACAUUAGAGUUUGAUUACUACAAUUCGAUGAUGAUCAACACCGCGGAUGAGGAUGGGAACUAUGUGGAUCUGGGUGGAGAAUUUCCCCUCGAGGAGAACGAACAUUUUAAUAAACUGCCUGUCAACACCCAGAUGAGCAACAUCCAGGUUCCCACCAACGUGUACAACAAAGAUCCUAACAUCCUCAAUGCCAUCUACAACACGGAGGCUUUAAAUGACGUCUUCAUCAGUAACUUCCAGAAGGAUCCCACACUCACCUGGCAGUACUUUGGCAGCUCCACAGGUUUCUUCAGGAUCUACCCUGGUAUUAAAUGGACUCCAGACUCCAACGGUGUUGUAGCCUUUGACUGCAGGAACAGAAACUGGUACAUCCAGGCUGCCACGUCUCCCAAAGACAUCAUCAUCAUGGUGGACAUUAGCGGCAGUAUGAAGGGACUGAAGAUGACCAUUGCCAAACACACCAUCAACACCAUUCUGGAUACACUGGGAGAGAACGACUUUGUCAACGUCAUCGCUUACACAGACUAUGUUCGCUACGUGGAGCCGUGUUUCAGAGGAACUCUGGUCCAGGCCGACUUGGACAACAGAGAGCACUUUAAGGUGUUGGUGGAGGAGCUGCACGUCAAAGGUGAAGCAAAGAUCAAGAAUGCCAUGAAGGAGUCCUUCAAAAUCCUGAACGAGGCGAGGGCGAACGGACAGGGCAGCAUGUGUAACCAGGCCAUCAUGCUGAUCACAGACGGCGCCAUGGAGGACUUUGAGUCCGUCUUUGAGGAGUUCAACUGGCCUGAGCGCAGGGUGCGAGUCUUCACCUAUCUGAUUGGCAGAGAGAUGACCUUUGCUCAAAACACCAAGUGGAUCGCCUGCAACAACAAAGGUUAUUACACACACAUCUCCACACUGGCAGAUGUGCAGGAGAACGUCAUGGAGUACCUGCACGUGCUCAGUCGGCCAAUGGUCAUCAACCAUGACCAUGAUAUCAUCUGGACAGAGGCCUACAUGGACUCUGUGCUUCCAAACACAGAGGAGCUUUUCACCACCAAGGCUCAGAGUCUGCUGCUCAUGACCUCAGUGGCCAUGCCGGUGUUCAGCAAGAAGAAGGAGACGCUGUCCCAUGGCAUCCUGCUCGGUGUGGUCGGGUCCGACAUCCCACUGAUGGAGGUGAUGAAGCUGGCACCCCGAUAUAUGCUGGGAGCUCACGGCUACGCCUUCCUCAUCAACAACAACGGCUACAUCCUGGCUCACCCUGACCUUCGACCUCUGUACAAAGAUGGAAAGAAACUGAAGCCGAAGCCAAACUACAACAGUGUGGAUCUGUCAGAGGUGGAGUGGGAGGACACAGACGAGCUGCUGAGGACGGCCAUGGUGAAAGGAGAGACGGGCACUCUCAGCCUGAACAUCAGAGCGUCGGUGGAUAAAGGGAAAAGGCCGCUGUACCUCACCAACGAAUAUUUCUACACCAACAUCGAUGACACGCCUUUCAGCUUCGGCAUGGCGCUGACCAAGGGUCACGGGAAGCUCAUGUUUAUGGGAAAUGUGUCUGUGGAAGAAGGGCUGCAUGAUCUGACCUCACCGGAUCUCACCAUCGCGUCUGAGUGGACUUACUGUGAGACGGACAUCGACCCUGCUCACCGAAAGUACUCACAGCUGCAGGCCGCCAUCCGCUACCUGUUGGGGAAGGAACCUGACCUCGAAUGUGACGAGGUGCUGCUAUCGCAGACGCUGUUCGACGCUGUGGUCACAGCUCCACUUGAGGCCUACUGGAACACCCUGAUGCUGAACGACAGGGUGGAGCCAGGGGUUGAGACGGCUUUCCUCGGUACUCGAUCAGGCCUGAUGAGGGUUGUGAGAUAUGCAGGAGUGGAGACCAGAGUGGCAAAGAAGUUCCUGACUCCAGCUGAUAAAGAUAAUCUGUUCACCAUCGAUCACUUCCCGCUGUGGUACCGCCUGGCUGUAGAAAACAGUCCUGGAAAAUUCUACUACUACCCAGUGAAUGACAAAGGAGUGAAGUACAUCAUAGCGACGACAUCGGUGACCGUGUCAUCCGAAGGAAAGACAGCCAUGGCUGGAGCUGUCGGGCUGCAGAUGUCCUUGGAUUGGCUGGAAAAGCGGUUCUGGGCCAUCGCCAAGCAGCCCAACGACACAGAUUGUUCAAACAUUGAAGGUGUGUGUCCUCUCAGCUGUGACAGUGCUGAUCUGAGCUGUUACCUGGUCGACAAUAACGGCUUUGUCAUGCUGUCCAAAGAGAGGAGCGAGAUUGGUCGCUUCUUUGGCGAGGUAGACGGGUCCAUCAUGGCUUCAUUGCUCAAGAUGGGAAUGUUUAAAAAAGUGUCCCUGUUUGACUACCAGGCAAUGUGCAAGACGGGCCACCAUCACGCCAGCAGCGCGCGACCUCUGCUCAGCCCAUUCUACGGCAUCGUGGCUUUGAUAAGAUGGUUCUUCUCAAAUGCGCUGAUGUUCCUGCUGGACUUUAACCUCUGUGGUCUCUGGCACUCUGAUUACUUUGUGGAUGCCAAAGCUGGCUAUCACACAUCUCAUAAGCAGAAGAAGGUGGACGCGCUGCAGCCCUGCGACACGGCUUACCCUGGCUUCAUGUACGACCCGUCUGUCAGAGAGGCCAACAGCCUCAUCAAGUGUGGACGAUGCCAGAAGAUGUUUGUGGUGCAGCAGAUUCCUGACAGUAACCUGGUUCUGGUCGUGACUCAGGCCUACUGUGACUGCUCCCGUCAGUAUGGAGCCAUUCUGCUGGAGCCCAAAGAGAUCAAAUAUAUCCUUCACAUACUCAGCAAUCAGUGA